ACCAUAGUAGGAUUAAUGCAUUCGUGGGCGGGCAAUACUAGAAUAGUCUGCAGAACAGUGUUUUAGGUUUUGAUUUCUAAACUAAUUAAUCAAAACAGACCCGUUAGAAAAAUGGAGGACACAAAGCCUGAGGAGACGAAUGUGGAAGAGCAGAAAGAUGAGGAGAAUAAGGUCUGUCCAGAACAACUGGAGGAAGCCAAACUGAAGGCCAAAUAUCCUCACUUGGGUAAUAAACCCGGAGGAUCUGAUCUGCUCAGAAAAAGGCUGCAGAAGGGGCCAAAGUACUUUGACUCGGGCGACUACAACAUGGCGAAGGCCAAGAUUAAGAACAAGCAGCUUCCAGCAGCGCAGACAGAGAAGACCGAGAUCACUGGAGACCACAUCCCCACUCCUCAGGACCUGCCACAGAGGAAACCCUCUCUGGUUGCCAGCAAACUGGCUGGCUGAUACCUGCUGCUGUCCUUCACUCCACACUCCCACUUCCUGUCUCUUCCUCCAUUUAUCUCUGAUCCUGCAUUCUUGCCCUCAUCCUCUAUCGUUUUCUGUUCUUUAAAAAAAAUACACUGAAUAUUCAAGGGUCGCAGAUGUUACAGAGCUGUACUGCCGCACUGUGAGAUGGAUUGGGUCAUGGCUCCAAAGGGGGUAUAGUUCUCAAAGGUCUUUUGAUAUUUUUAAUGUGUCGUAGCAUGUAGUUGAAAGUGUACAUAUUUGCUAGUGAGUGAGGGCAAACAGCAUUUUAGGAGAUGUUUUGCAUCUUAAUUGUAACCAUUCCUGAAUUACCCACUGCUUAGAGGACUAGGUCACCCAAAAAUGAAAAUUCUGUCAUUUACUCAUUGCGUAAGACUUUAUUUCCUCCGUUGAUCGCAAAAGGAGAAGUUUAGUGGAAUGUCAAAGCUGUUUUUUUUUUUUUUGUCUUCAAACAAAGAAAGUCUAUAAAGGGAAAUUAAAGUAGAGCUCCAGUAAUUACAAAACAACUGUACUGUAAGUUGUCCGCAUAGCUUCUAUCCAUAGUUGUAACAACCGUUGAGGUCCACCAGAUGCGGACCUUUUCGAGGUGUAUUAUAAACGUUGCCUAAUAAUAGUUGUACUUUGGUGCAAAGAUGUUGUGUCAAAAUGACUUAAAUGGCCAAUCAAAUCAGAGUAGGCAUUCCUAUUACUGUUUACAGAAGCCGAGUGUGAAUUCCAAUAUUAUUCAGGUUUAAUGGACAAAAAGUGAGAUGUAACUAGGUCAGCACUUGAUAUUUGACAACUGUGUAUCUUGAGUCUUCUGAAGCCAUAUUGUUACUUUGUGUUUUUGUUUUGAAGUGUCAGUAGCAUUCACAAUCAAUUCAAAACAUUCAAAUGACACAUUACAAUCAGUCACAAGUACAACAGCUGCAUUUGAUGCUGAUGCAAAAGCACCAUAACAUGUAUGUUUGAAUAUACAUAAGCGUAAAUGAGAUUUGAGAGAAUUUUUAGCGUUAAGAGUAAACUGCCAGAAUUUUCUUUUCGGGGUGAGCUUUUCCAUUAAUCAUGGAGUUAAGUGCUUGAAUCGAUAAUGAAUUGAAAGUAACCUAAUAAUGUGGUUGAUCUGCACCCUGUUUCUUUCAUGAGAACGCUUGUUUCUUUUUGUCAUGUUUCAGCUUUAAGUGGAGGACACUUGGUUAGUCAUGUUUGAUAGCAUGAAAUGCAGAUCUCUGAGGCUGUUGUCAUCUUGCCUUGUACCAUAGAGCUUAAAGCCUUAUAAAGAUGUAGUGCCAAUGCACAGAUUGGCAAGCAGUUCUAUAAUAUCACACGUCAUUUGUGUAUGUUUGUAGACUCCAGGCAGUGAGGAUGCUUCUCCACUUUCUGGUGUAUAAUAAACUCCAUGAGAUCUUCUGUACGUUGUCUUCUAUGCAGAGGAGAGUGACAGUUGCCUGUCGGCUCCUCACACCACAUCGUCGCACUACAGUAAACUGUCCACAGUUCGCAUGAGCAUAAACUGUGGCCGCUUUUGAGCCAUUUUGACUUGUAAAUAAAAUAGUUUUACAAAC